AUGGCUAAUUCGAUGGAUUCCCCUAUAUACUACCUCAAAACCAUCUUUCUCAUGUACCUCGCCUUACCACAGACUCAAGGCGCAACGCCUCUAUACAAUCACCGCCUCCUUCCCCUCCUCGAACACUACGAGCCCCAGAUAGAUGCAUCAAUGGCCCGUCUUAGAUCAGAGCAUACGACUUUGUUCGCGCCAAGCUUCAAGAACUGUGGGCGCGCAUCAUCAACGCGCCCUCCUCCCAGUCCAAAUGCACCCGCUCCAACAAUGCAAGAUAAUCCCGUCGCAUUUGCUACCGGCUUCUUGAAAACAUGGAGUCCGUUCUUGGUAGCUGCUAGCGGGGCAAUGAUGCAACCCCAGCAACAGACUCAACCUACGAUCGAAGGCGGAGGAUUAGGCGGGAGGAGCAGGAGUUCAUCAGCUAGUUCGACAAGCUCAUUUGCCCCGACAGACAUCAAUCUUACUUCCAAAGCGAAACCUGCGAUCCAACGGAGCGGAGCUAUUAAUGUCAGGAACAGAACUGGAAGAAACGCCCCAAGAACCAGUGACGUGAGGGUUCCUAUAGCUAGGGAGGAUGGGGAAGGGAGUAGGGCCCCGAGAAGGUCGGAAGGAGCUUCGAGGGAGGAACGAAGAGAGGCCAAGCCGAAGCCAAAGGUUCAACUAGACGAGCUGGACAGUGAAAUCGAGGAAGACGAAGAUUUGGUUUCGCCUGAUGGGGAUGUCGCGCCUAGUAAAGCUUCGAGUGCGUAUGAGAAACUCAAGGCGGAUUAG